CCUCAACACUCUUUCUCGCACUCAUCACACUUGCCAUCCAUUCUUGUGAUCGACCCUCUCGCAAGAGCAUUUUGACGUCUCGCAGGACUCGGGGUCAAAAUCAACAGCUAGCAUACAGUGUUUCGCCCGGUUCUACCAUCCCUGAGCGUUUCCUCAGACCCGCUUCAUUUGCUCGUCAUGUCAGACGGGGCAUCUACCGAUCUACCGAGAAUUUCUACCGAAGUGUCCGAUGAACACCUCGAGGUUCCAGAAGCUGGUCCGUCAAGGCCUAAGAAGAAGUCUACAGUUGAGGAGAUGAGGGCAGACUUGGCAAAGCUAGGACUAGAUACAAGAGGUCGGAAGCAGACUCUGUGGAAACGUCUUGUCAAGGCUUUCCAACAGGCUCUCCAACUCCUAGACGAAGAGUCGAUCUCUGAAGGCCACGACGGAGAUAUCGAGCCCGAGACGUCUACUCGAGAGGCGCACGACAGGGCUCGAGCUGAGAAAUGGAAAGCGUUUUUGUGUUUUGAUGUGGAGGCCACCUGCAGAGGAGGAAAGAAAUUCAAUUGGCCCAAUGAGAUCAUCGAAUUCCCAAUCGUCUUGCUUAAAUGGGCGAGUGAUCCCAGUAUCAGCAGCUCCUCUCAUCCCGGCAAGGUUGCAACUGAGCCACCGACAAUUGGCAAAAGGAGGCGUUUGGCGAAAGUCGACACAUUUCAUUCCUAUCUCAAGCCGAUAUGGCAACCUCAACUGACUGAUUUCUGCACCACUCUAACGGGUAUAACACAGGAGACAGUCGACCGCUCGCCCACAUUUCUCGAGAUGCUACCGUCACUAGAAGCAUGGCUCAAUAAGCACGAUCUAUUGGACGAAGAUGGACGGCUGAAGGACGCCAUGUGGGUGACAGACGGACCCUGGGAUCUUAGAGACUUUAUCCCAAAGCAGCUUCAUAUCUCACCACCAUCAUCCGGGCACCCGCUCUACUUCUCCGCUCCAUACCUCAACAUAAAACAAGCUACACAAACCGUACUCACGGAAUUGUUCCUGCGUGAUGAGUAUUCCAGGACACAUCCCGGUUUCACCGACCACAAUGCAAAACGUGGUGUCAUCACUACCGCCCAGCGGAUCAGUCACAAGACAAAAGCUCGCUGGACCGGACCAGAUUAUUAUUUCACGAUACCUGGACAAUUGGAAGCGUUCGGUCUUGGCACUUUCGACGGAAGACAACACUCGGGUAUAGAUGAUGCUACAAACAUCUCCCGCAUUCUCAUUGCCAUUUCUGAACGCGACGUCAUCAUCGAGCCCAACGCACGUGCCGUUCAUCCGAAUCAUGGCAAGAAAUGGCCGUGGAUGGGUCCUCCUGGGGUCGUGAAAUGGGAAGAAUGGAUGACUGACAACGAGGAUCGACUCGCCACGAUGGCUCUUCCUGCCAACGGACAGAAACGUGCGACCAAACCUGAGACUCGUUUGGUUUUGAAAGAAAAUGCGAAUGGACAGUUGAUCAGUAUCAAGUUACCUGUCAAUGUGUCAGGAGCGGGCGACAAUCCGGCUGUCACUCGGGUGGAUGACGAGAAAGUGGCAAAGUCGGACAGACCGGCACAGACGCCAGACGCCACGAUUAUGGGAGGAAAGAGAGGUGGCGUACCCGACGGGAAUCAAGAGGAAAAUCGUCUCGGCGGGAUCUGGAGAGGAUGUUUAGAACAAUCUCUGAACUAGUAGUUUCUUGGAGACUCGAGCGCACUCGUGUCCUCCAGUGACACCUCUCAUCUCAUGACCUGACGGCGCCAUUCCUAUAGAGUAACUGUAGCUAUGUCGUCGAUGAUAAUGAUAGACCACAGAAGCAACGUAGUGUGAGACUCCGCAUCCCAGCAGACGAAGCACUCGUUGAGCUUGAGCGAAUCGUACAAAAUGAGUCGCUGUCAAGCACUGAGCAUAGGUGUCAAGCUGCUUCAUGUUCUGGAGCUGCACGAACUAAGGCAAUCUCUCUCGACCCGCUGUUCAAACGGUUUCGGGGCGCCGUAUCGCCGACGUCGCCGAGAACAUCGGCGACUCGACACGCUCUUAUUAGUGGACCAUACAGCUUUUAACACCCUUAAUAAAAGUAUGAUUGGACAUGUCAUGAAUGUCUCUUAAAAGAGCUAUUUCACUUGGAGGAAC